UGUAAAAGAGAGAAGAUCGAAAUUGGCACCAUUUUUAGUUUAUGAUGAUUGGCGAGGAAGAAGUUGGAAUGUUAGGAGGAAAAACAAAAGUGGAUGGAAACAAAACGGUGCGUUUAAGGUGGAUGAAUGGAAAAGCAAAACUAAAACCGAAUACAAUGUUAUACUCGUGCGAAUAGAUUGAUUGGUAUCUCGUGCGAAUAGGUUAGGGUUUCCCUCCAUUUCCUCAAAUUUUCACAGUGUCGUGCGAUACGCCAAUUGUUCUUCACUCUGCUUUCCUCCUUCAAUAUUGGGCAUAUGAUACCUUAAGCUGGUCACUUGAAUAAAAUAUAUAUGAUGUCUGAAGAGGCUGGAUCCAUGUUGGUAGUCUACGAUGAUCCCUCUGACCAACACUCGCUGUCUUUGGGCGAAACAAGCAGCACAGAGGAGUCCCCUGGUGAAACCAGACACUCCAUGGAAUCAACUAACGAUGCCAUUCCGUACACUGGUCAAAGGUUUGCCACUCAUGAUGCAGCUUAUGAAUUCUAUAGUGAUUUUGCCAAGAGGUGUGGCUUCUCAAUUAGACGUCACCGUACAGAGGGAAAAGAUGGUGUUGGAAAAGGACUUACUAGGCGCUACUUUGUUUGUCACCGAGCUGGCAACACUCCUGUCAAAUCAUCAACUGAAAGUAAACCUCAAAGAAAUAGAAAAUCUUCUCGGUGCGGUUGUCAGGCCUACAUGCGGAUAAGCAAAACAACAGAAUUUGGAGCUCCAGAAUGGCGUGUGACUGGUUUUGCUAACCACCAUAAUCAUGAACUUUUGGAACCAAACCAAGUUCGAUUCCUUCCAGCAUACAGAACUAUCUCAGAUGCUGACAAAAACCGAAUCCUUAUGUUUGCCAAAACAGGGAUAUCUGUUCAUCAAAUGAUGAGGCUCAUGGAGCUUGAGAAGUGUGUGGAACCAGGAUAUUUGCCUUUUACAGAAAAGGACGUAAGGAAUUUACUCCAGUCGUUUAGAAAAUUAGAUCCAGAAGAAGAAAGCCUAGAUUUGUUAAGAAUGUGCAGAAAUAUUAAGGAGAAAGAUUCUAAUUUUAAAUUUGAGCACACACUUGAUGCAAACAACCAUUUAGAAAAUAUUGCCUGGUCAUAUGCCUCAUCGAUCCAAUUGUAUGAUAUCUUUGGUGAUGCCGUGGUAUUUGAUACAACACACCGUUUGACUGCGUUUGACAUGCCGCUGGGGAUAUGGGUUGGAAUAAAUAAUUAUGGAAUGCCCUGCUUCUUUGGCUGUGUGCUACUGCGAGAUGAAACCGUCAGGUCAUUUUCCUGGGCAAUAAAGGCUUUCUUAGGUUUUAUGAAUGGGAAGGCUCCACAGACUAUACUAACUGACCAAAAUAUUUGUCUAAAAGAAGCGCUAUCUGCAGAAAUGCCAACAACAAAACACGCUUUUUGCAUAUGGAUGAUAGUAGCCAAAUUUCCAUCUUGGUUCAAUGCUGUUUUAGGAGAACGUUACAAUGAGUGGAAGGCUGAAUUUUAUAGACUUUAUAAUCUUGAAUCAGUUGAGGAUUUUGAACUAGGCUGGAGGGAAAUGGUCUGUUCUUUUGCGCUGCAUUCCAAUCGGCACAUGGUUAAUUUAUACAGCUCUCGCUCACUUUGGGCAUUGCCAUAUUUGAGAAGCCAUUUUCUUGCGGGAAUGACUACAACUGGUCAGUCGAAGUCAAUUAAUGCCUUCAUUCAACGGUUUCUAAGUGCACAGACACGACUUGCUCACUUUGUUGAACAGGUAGCUGUUGCUGUGGAUUUUAAAGAUCAAACUGGAGAACAACAAACCAUGCAGCAGAAUCUCCAAAAUGUUAGCCUCAAAACAGGAGCCCCCAUGGAAUCGCAUGCUGCUACAGUCCUCACUCCUUUUGCCUUUUCAAAGCUUCAAGAGCAACUAGUGUUGGCUGCACAUUAUGCAUCUUUUUCAAUUGAAGAAGGUUUUCUUGUGAGACAUCACACGAAAGCUGAAGGAGGUCGCAAAGUUUAUUGGUCCCCUCAGGAAGGAAUUAUAAGCUGCAGCUGUCACCAGUUUGAAUUUUCUGGAAUUUUGUGUAGGCACUCUCUAAGAGUUCUUUCAACAGGAAAUUGCUUUCAGAUCCCAGAUAGAUAUCUACCCAUCCGAUGGCGUCGUAUCAGCAUACCCUCUUCUAAGCUUCUUCAAAAUGCAACUAACGAUCAUGCCGAAAGACUUAAGUUAUUACAAAAUAUGGUUUCUUCUCUAAUUACAGAAUCUUCUAAGUCUAAAGAACGAUUAGAUAUUGCAACAGAACAAGUUUCUAUUCUUCUGUCUCGCAUAAGAGAGCAACCAAUUUCAUUACAAUGUGCCAGAGAUAUUUCUACUAUUAAUAGGAAUCUAUGAUGAUUGAAUUGACAUGAUUGAAUUGACAGUGUUUGGUUCGAUGAAUGGGAGGCAUUGUAAAAUGUGUUAGAAAGUGUGGUAAUUGGAGGAUUUUGUGUUAUAUCAACACUCAUUCCCCAAGGUGGGGUGGGGAAAUUUAUUUAAAAUGAUAAACGCCAAAUUUCUCUGUAUUACAAGGAUUGUGUUCUGUACAAAUGUAUAGGAAAUUUGUUCAUUGUCAUUCAUAUCCAUCCUUGUAUUAUUUGCUGUCUAUCUGUCAUGGUUGAUAACUAGAAGAGACAGUCGUUAUAAUUGGGAUUUUGAGAUUAUUAACCUGCGGAAUACAAAUAUCCCAUUCGAUACAAUGUUGGAUGUAUUUCUGGUGUGGCAGUAAAUUUAUACCUUAUCAUACAAGGCAAUGAUAGUGCUUCAUUUUUAAA